CUCGUGUCUCACAGUAAGACUGUCAGUGCGGCAGGCAGGGAGGUAAUCCAUAUCGUAGGUUGUGACAGAAUUAUCGACUGGCACAACAUUCAGUCAGACAGAUCUAGGGGCUUGUUGUGUGUUUCCUCGUUCAUUGAUAGUGCUUUAGGAUCUUAGUACAGUUAAAUUCUGUUGACUUUAAACUGAAAUUUCUUCAUUCUGUGUGAAUUCGGAAACUCUCUGGAUUGCAUCAUCUUUGAGAUUAUGAUCAUCCCUGACUCUAUAGAUCUACAUGUUCAGUACUGGUUUUAAAGUGUGUUUUAGUUGUGAAUAUAUCUAGUCAAAGUGUGCACGCGGAGGAAUUGUUUAUGAGAAUUCAUCAGCAGGAUUACGUCAUUCGUGCAGGAUCCCUGACGUGAGUGUUUGAUUUGUUUACCUGCUCGCGCAUCAUUUUACAACACCUGUUUUGUCACCGAUCAUGAUUUGAUAUCAGGAUGUGGCGAUCGGAUGGUCAAAUGUUGACCACCACGAAGACUAAAACGGUUACAAAGCUUGUGCUGAAUAUUGCUGUGGUCGUCCUAAUAGUAGCCCAAAGCAAUGGACAACAGAGUGAAAAUUCCUGGACGUUCAGAAAGCCAGGGGAGUCCUACCUGGCCUUCACCCCCGAGAUGGCGGAUUCACAGAAACAGCAUUAUUCAUUGUCCUUCAAAACCAAACAAGCGAAUGGAAUUAUAUUGCAGCACAAAGUCGUGGACACCAACGCCAAGGGUAUCGCUGUCUUAUCCGAGUAUCAGCUUUUCCUGGAGCUGCGUCAAGGAAAACUCAGGGCAGGUUUCUCAAUCACCAACUUUCCCGAUGACGUCAUUGUAGGCAAAGCUCUCAACAAUGACCAGUGGCACUCUGUGGACUUGUAUAUUGACCCAGCCAAGGCCGAGAUGAGAUUGACACUAGAUGGGGAAAUAUCAAGGGAGUCAAUUAGAGGCUAUUCCUGGGGAAACGCCCACAGCGUCUUGAAAUGGAGUCAGCUCACUACAGUCGUCUCCAUCGGAGAUGCUAAACCUCGGACACCAAGCACGGCGCCUCCUUUUGUCGGUUGCAUCAGUGACAUCUAUUAUGAUCUACCAGACGGUACCCCCAAGGCACCCAACUACAACGUGACCCGGUCCGUGGAUAUUGGCUGUUUGGAUCUAUGUGAAGGUGCCAGGUCCUGCAACCUUGGCAAAUGUAUUAACAACUAUGUCAACAUUACCUGUGACUGUUACGGCACAGACUUUGAGGGACCAUUCUGCGAUAUUGAAGCCUCGACUACUGUAACGUUUCGUGGAUACGAGUAUGUCGCUUAUCAGCUGUACUCAGAUGGCAGGCGGUUUAUGGAUAGCACCAGGGUCUCUUUGGAGUUUAAGACCGAGCGAGGUUCUGGUGUGCUGUUGUAUGCUGUGGGCAGCACGCCCUACCACACACACAUCACGGUGUCCAUCUAUUCCGGCUCCAUCCACGUCUCCAUCUCCUUUGAGAGCGAAGACCUUACCUUCGCUGAGGGCAUAGGACUGGACGAUGGCAGGUGGCACAAUCUGACCAUUGAACAUCGCCAAAGAAACGUCACAUUUUAUCUUGACGGCAAGUCGACAGAGAAGAGAGUCCUGAGAGAUUAUUAUCUCAGCCUUGACUCACACAUUUAUAUUGGGGGUGGAAAUAAUUUCGUUGAGACUAAAGGUCUUCCUGUUACACAAAGCUUUGUGGGAUGUCUGCGAAAUGUUUAUAUUGAUGAUGUGUCUGUGUUGUAUGAGCUUUCUAAAGGCAAUGCCAGGUGUUCAUACAAUGGAGGAUCUGGUCCACUAUAUGGAUGCGAGAAAGUCUCAGAAGUUCCCAUUUCAUUCCCCAGAUCAUCCUCCAUGUUGAGGUGGGACAUUGGUCAAGUGGGACAAAGCCUGAGUGUGGAGUUUAAGAUUAGAACUUUCCACAAUACAGCCAUACUGAUGUUUGUAGAACUGAUGUCAAAAAGAGAAACAGGAUCAGCAAAUAUAUUUGGUAGAUUAGAGCUUUGGAUUAUAAACAAACAACCAGUCUUACAGUUCAUGCCAUCUGACAGAUUCCCUUCAACUCAUGAAAACAUUUCAUUGCCUUUGAUAGUUAGUGAUGGUCUGGUGCAUGAAGUGCAGUUAUUUCUAGUCAACAGCAAAGUGAAAGUACAAGUUGAUGGUAACACAGCAGAAACAAGCCAGUACCCCAGAGCAUUAGAACACAAGGGAACAGUUAUUUUAGGAUACAGUCUUAGGAAGAUUGAUAAACAAUAUGGCUAUGUUGGCUGCAUGCUAAGAAUUAAAAUACAAGGAGAUCGUUUGGAUCCUAUAGCUCUCAUGGAAUCAGAAUCUGCUGUUGGACUAAUUCUUGAUGGAUGUCUUCUGGUGGAUCACUGUUCUGAAAAUAACAUUUGUGAGCACAAAUCAAUUUGUUUGUCAGACUGGGAUGGUACACAUUGCAUCUGUCCUGGCAAUCACUAUGAAGGCAAAGCAUGUCACUUCUCCAGGUAUGCAUCCUCUUGUGAGGAUUACCACAGUUUGGGAUAUAAAUUAAGUGGAUAUUAUCCUAUUGAUGUUGAUGGAGAUGGUCCCUUGAGUCACACAUUUGUGCAGUGUGAGAUGGAUGUGAAUCAUUCAGGUGGAACUACAAUAGUAGAGCACAACUUUAGACCAAAUACAACUGUACGAGCAUCUUGGCUGCCAGACAGUAGAUAUGAACUGAAAUACAGGGAAAUGUCAAGAGAACAGCUGACAGCUUUGACAACUAACUCAGGAAAAUGUGAGCAAUACCUUCAGUAUGACUGCAUCAACUCACCCAUAAGACUAAGUACUAAAACCUGGUUCAAAUCUACAAGUGGAGAAAUAGUUGAUUACAUAGGCUCUCAAUCCUCUGGCUAUUGUGACUGUCGAGGACCCAAUGGCUGUGAAGGAGAACACUGCUACUGUGACUUAAACAAGAAAGAGCGUUACGUUGACAAGGGGUAUAACCGUGAGCCAAAGCAACUUCCUAUCAUGGAAAUGACAUUUUUACAAAAUCCUAAAGGCAUCGCACAAAUGACACUUGGUCCUUUAAAGUGUUGGGGAAGCAAAUCACAGCCAUCUGAACGUUCUAUUACCAUUGUUCAUAAAGACAGUUACCUUCGUCUACAUCCCUGGAAGUCUGGUGACUUCAAGUUUAACUUCAAAACGCACAAAACAAAGUGUUUACUGCUGUAUCAGAGUAGCCAACCACCUGAUGAGCAUGGCGGUUACCUUAGUAACAACAUUGUGCCAAACAUAUUUUAUAUUAAAAUUACUUCUGCCAAUGCAGUCAAGUUCUACAUACAAGUAGGGCCUCAUAAAAUUGAGGAAACACUGAGGUCUGCUCGCAGCUUAGAUCAAGGAGACUGGCACAGGGUCAGUGUGGAGCAUGAUGCUUACAAUGUGAGAUUUACUUUGGACACAACUCGCACACUGAUAAGGCUACCUAAGGGGUUGUCAAAUAUUGCCAACUAUUCAGGCAAUUUGUAUUUUGGAGGUGUCAGCAAGGAAAUUUUGGAGGAUUUUAAAGAUGAUGAUGAAUUUACUGGUUGCCUUUAUGGUUUGGUCUACAAUGGACAAGCUGUGGAUCUUACUGAAAAUUUAGAUGGAAGUAAUAUGGGUGGUAUCUCCACUGAUUGUAUGUCCUCAUGUUGGCCAAACCCUUGUCACAAUGGAGGUGUCUGUGAGGAGAACUGGUAUGAGUAUAGAUGUGUGUGCAGUGACCCUUGGGCACACUUUGGUGGUAAAUGUGAAGAAGAUUUGAAUUUAGAUUCUGUUACUUUAAGUGGUCUUCCAGAUGCGCCUUUAUUCUUUAAUGUGACAGAGUCACCAGAGGUUCUUUAUGGAACAUUGGUUUUAAGCUUCCGUACUCAUCAGACAGAACAACUUCUAUUUUAUGCUUAUGACUAUAUGGGAAACUUCAUACAGCUAGAGAUAACUGAUGCCAAAACUAUUACAUUCUCAUUUAAUAACUAUCAUCAAAUUAUUAAAGAUUCUGUCACUACAUCAGAAGUGUUGAACAAUGAUCAGUGGAUACAAGUUGUAGCUGAAAACUAUUCCAAUUUCACCAGACUGAUGGUUUUAGGUCAUUCUAAAGUCAUAGAGUCUCAGCGAGGACACAUCAGUAUUUAUUCCUCGAAUCCAUUUUUUGGAGUUCAACCUGAACCUACUGUGUUCAUGCAGCGACCAACAAAAAAAACACAGCCCUUCAUUCAUGCCUAUGUUGGUGGAGUGCCAGGAAAGAACAGCUAUGCCUCUAGACUCACAGGAUGCAUUAGAGGUGUCAGAGCUGGAAACUAUGUUUUUCAUUUACGAAAAGCUGCAGAGGCUGUAAAUAAUGAUACAUUGGUCGCCCCUAUGUGUGAGAGUGGCUGCGGAGAGAACACUUGCCUGAAUAAAGGUUUUUGUGUUGAGAAAUGGAGGAAUAGGACUUUUGAAUGUGAUUGUUCUGACAAUGGGUUCACUGGUUUUCAUUGUGAAAAGGAGCCGUCUAUUUCAUUUAACAAAAACACAGUGAUAUAUCAAGAGCUGAAGUUAGGACCAAAUGAAGAUAAUAGUGUUUCUGAGAUGCUUUCAUUAAGGUUCAAGUCUGACAUGAUUCCAGAUGGUCAAAAAGUUGUGCUAGCUUAUAUUAUAAGUUCAGAUUUUAAGGAUUAUAUUUUAAUUACAUUGAAUGUCAAUGAUGCAUCAAAAAUUGUGAUUUUAGAAACCAAUCAAGGCUAUGGAAAAUAUCGCAUUACUGGUGCCUUUUCUCUUGGGCAAUCCCAUGACUUGAUUUACAUUCGUAAACGAGAUCAAAUGCAUCUUCAGGUCAUCCCUGUAGACACCUUUGGAACUGUUCUUAUUGAUGACAAAGUAGAAACAACCCUAAACUACCCAGACUUCCCACUCAAUAAUCUUAAUGCAAUUUACAUUGGUGGCUACAUACCUGAUACUUUAAAUCUGUUUGGACUCAGAAAUUUCUCUGGAUGUAUUUCAAAUUUUACAUUUUUACCGGCGAUGAAUGGAGUGCCCAGGCACACACUUCGUGACUUUCACUUAAACCAUACUGAUAUUGAGCUUAUUGGAGAAGAAAGGGAAAGCUGCAACACAAGUAAAUUCAAGGAACCAACUACUACAGCCAUGGCUCCUACAGUCAGAGUUACUGCCGGGAUGUUCAGAGAAGCUACUAUGCCCCCUUGGGAACAUAAUCAAGUCAAAGUUAUCACACUUGGUGCAGUCCCAACUCAAGUCAUCCCAUCAACCACAGAUCAUGCCUCCACUACUGUUGGUGGUACAGUUGGCAAUCACAGUUAUCCUGUUGUCGUGAGUGCAGACACUGAGCCUGUAGAUGACAUAACUGUCAUUGUUGUUGUUUCCCUUAUUGCUGGAGUCCUUAUCAUUAGCUUGUGUGCUGCACUCAUCCUGGUUCGAAAGAAAAAACAUCGUGGGGACUAUUUGGUGAAAAAUGAUGGAGAUAAUGACAUGGAGCUUAAGCAGCCACUAAACCACACCAAUCACAGCUCACCUUAUAACACGCCAUCACCAUUUAAGUCAUACACCAUGCCAAGAUCAGCAAACAGCAGACCACACCAGCCUUCAGAAAAGAAUAGCAGGGUCCCAGCAGACCACUUGGCAAAGCUGGAUGAAUUUAGUAUGAUCACUGCAAUACUUGGUCCAAGAGCUCCAAAAGCAGACACACUUCCCCCAGAUCUUUCAAAAAAAAGAUACAGUCAAGGAAACUAUCCUUUAAUGGAUGAUGAAAAAGAAUACAUAAGCCCUAUCUACAAUGCUCGAAAACAGAGACCAGCUUCAUCAAUCUCUGAAGUGUUGGAAGAGCUGGAGAGAAGACAGCACCCAAUGUUAAAUGGGUCCCCUGAUGACAUAAUGCGAUGUCAUGGGGAGGGAGAUUUAGAAUGGGAUCCACAAGGAGAUACAACCACUCCUAUUAGAAAUGAAGACAUCAUUUUUUUUAAUACACCUUUAUUGCCGCCCAUUCCUGAUGAACUGGAAGAGUCCAGGUUGAGCAGCUUUUCAGGUCAUCCAUCCAGCUUAGGUGGAGACAGUUACCAGAAAGCAGACACACUUGAAGGUUCUAAUUCACCUCCUUGGUCUACUCAUAUGGCAAGUGGAGCAGAGUGUAAUGGAGAUUCAGGCUAUGAAGCUGAGUCUAGACCAGAGGUGACAGAGGAUGACAUCACCCCAGAAACUCUGGGGGAUGAGGAUCACCAUCACAAACUAUUCUCAUUCCAUGUUCCAGACCUUCAUCCGGACAGUUCUCCAAACAUGUCAGAGAUCAGUGCCAGAGAGAGGCUGCUUCGGGAUGGCACUGCUGUCUGAUGUGUUCAAGUAUUCUUGCAAUCUUAAGUAUUCAUCACUUCAAGAUUUCCUUUAAACUUAUAGCCUGCUUCUUAGAAGAGAAAUUUUUUCAACAAAAAAAAGAAAUCCUUAUCUAAGAAAAGGCAAUAUUCAAAUCAUCCAGUGAUACACUCAGAACAAAUAAAAAAUGACCAGGGAUUGUGCAAUUUGACGCUUGUCAAAUACUUACCAACAAAAAAAACGUGUCCGAUGAUUCUUUGCAUACAGCAUAAAAGAGAAAAGUUGUUUUUUUUCAUUGGUUAUGAAAAAAGUAUUUUAGAAAUUGAUUUUCAAAAUGAAUUAUGCAUUCCAAAUAAUUUUGGACCUGUUUAUGAGCAAAUGUUGGACUUUUAAUGUUAAUUUGUCCAGAGACUUUUUUUAUAUAUAAUUUAAUGUUGUAUUAAAAUUUUCAAAACUAGAAAAAUAGAAAAUUUCAAAAGUUUUAAUAUUCUCAAAGUUUGAUGUGAGAUGCAAAGUUUCAGUCCUGUACAUUUAAAACUAUCUUAUUUAUAUAUAUUAUGUGCUUUAGAGACCCUUCCUUUUAAUAUUUCAUUUGUAUGUCAUCAAAACUUAGUGGAUUAUCAUGUUUGUUUAAAUUGUAGACUUUUUCAGUAUCUUUUCAUGAAUUAAAAAGAUUUAGAAACCAAAAAAAAAAAAUGUAUAUGCAAUUUGACUUCAUGGUAAUUAAGAAAAGUAACCUAUAUAUUUAAAAAAAAAGUAUAUACUUCCAAAAAGAAUGAAAAUGUGUGUUGUACUUUUUGUAAACCUUUACAGUAGCCCUCAACAAUUGUAAGUCAAGAAAUUCUACCAAGGUGCACAUAACACUUGUACCAAAUAUUGUUUGAUGUCAUUGCUUUCUGUUAAUGUAAGACAAUAGAAUCUCAUAAAUGGUUGAAAACAGUUAACUUUAUACUGGCAACAUAUACAAUGUGUGUGUUGUAUAAUAUUUAUUCAAGUAUACUUUUUACAUAAGGGUAUUGAUAUAAAGAAAAGCAUUUACACGACAAGUGGAUAUCUAGUCAUUUUUUUUUUUUGCAGAGUACACUGCCAUAAAAUAAAACUUUAAAAAAGUUUCUCUAGAUUUUUUUUUAAAUUACGGGUGUGGCAAGAUUUGAUCUUUAAAAAUAAAGUUAAAUUUGUAUUUAUCAACAUUAUACAUAAAAGUUUACAUAUACUAUCCUACAUAAAUUGUAUAAUAUUCUAAAUAAAUUCUAUGAUAUCCUAUAUGAUUUGAUUGGUGACUAGCUUCUUCCUACUCCUUCAUGAAGCCUUUGUUACAGUACAUUUGUUACAUUGUUUAUGUUCGAUGAAGCAAAAUGUCAAUAGCUGCUUACGUUUUGCUGCGGUAUUAAAGUUCAUAUGGAUAUUAGUUUGUCUUUGUUUACUAGCAGUAUUUAAUAGAUUGUGUAUUAUUUGUAUUAUGAAUGUCAUAUAGACCUAGCUGUCUUUUUGUUUUCAUCUAGAGUAACUGUGGAAAAAGAUGAUUAAAUAAGCAACAUUUUUUUGUUCUGUUCUGUGCCUUGAAAGUGUACAAGCAUGAGACACAAGUUUCAUCUGCCAAUUGUUCUCUUUGCUUUUGCAAUGUGAACUUGUAAUGUUAAAUUGUUGAAUUAAACUAACCUAUGUCAUGAUCUGUACAUCACUAAAUAUCUAUUACAUUUUUCUUUGUUUAUUUUUUAUAUUCAUUGAAUUUCAUGUGAAAAUAAAAAAAAGGAAAAUUGUUUAAAAAAAUAAAACUCAAAAUUAUUGAAGCUCAUUUUUCAACAUUGCCUGCUAGUGAAGUAUUCCAAUUAAUGCAGAAAAAAUCUUUGAAAUAUAACAAUGUCUUACAUGUAAAAAGAAAGUACAAUAGACUUAGAAGAAGUAUGCUUUAUAGUACUAAAAGUGUAGCUAACUUUGCAAAUUCAUUAGUCCUUCUUAUAUGUUCAACAAAUGUGUACAUGAUUUUAAAAUACUUGUGUAUGACUAUGGGUAUUUGAGAGAUGACUACUACUUCCAAAGAGAAAUGGCAUACAGUUGAAAUAGUCUGGCAUACAGUUGAAAUAGUCUAGAGUUAUUUACAUUAUGUUUCGGACAUGUUUGGGAUAUUAUAAUAAUACUGUACCUAUACAGUUCUAAAACAUAAGUGUUCUUGUUUCUUUUUUGUUUAGGUUUUGUUUUAAUUAUGUAAUUUAUUGUUCUUCCAAGAUAUUUGACUUUUUUUAUAAUAGCACUUCAGAUAAAUUACAAUAAAAAAGAAAAAAUUCUAAUAGGGCACAAUUUUUUUGUUUUAAUAUGUUUAUGUGUUUGUUAGUAAGAUUCUGCAGCUUAAAUAUUUAUGUUUCUUUGCCUUUUCCAAUAGUCUUAUUUGAAGUAUUAGUAGUUGAAACAAGGACCAUUUUAUUUGAACUCCUUCAGUUUAUAAAAUAAUUUUGUUAUUUCAUGUAAAUAUUUGUAAAUGUUGCCAUGAGUUCACUUACUGAAUGUACUUAAAAUUACCAGAUUAUCACAAACAAU